AUGGAUUUUAUGAAAGCUAAUUUCUACUUACAAGAUAAUGAAAUAGAAAAGCAUGAUGAUGGUUACUUCGAGCAAGGUUUUUACCAAGAGUCGGUUGGUAUUCCGGAGGUUCUUCCCAGCUACCUGCCGAUGUUCUACGAAUACAGGAGUGAGGGAAUCGGUGGUCUGGAUGUACAGAUGUCAGGAGAGUGGGACUGGAGGCAAUGGGAGAACCAGGUCUGCGUAAAACAGGAGGAUACCAGGGGAUCGUCGAGUAUUAGUGAGGAAGACGUGCGGUCGUCGGGUCGCAAAGAGCGCACGGCGUUCACAAAGGCGCAAAUCCGCAGCCUGGAGGCGGAGUUUUCCCGCGCAAACUAUCUGACACGCUUGCGACGCUACGAGAUUGCCGUCGCAUUGCAUCUUACUGAGCGACAGGUAAAGGUGUGGUUCCAAAACAGACGCAUGAAGUGGAAAAGAACAAAGGGGGUUACGAAAUAUGCUAAAAAGAAAGAUUAA